UUGAUUCUGACCUGCUGGACCUCCCACUCGGAGUCAAGAUCCCUGUGAAACCCGGAUCCAAGCCUUUCUCCAGGGGAAAGCUGGGGGAAAAGGUAAAGGAAAAAGAGAAAGGUAGUAAAGCUCUCCUCUUAUAUCUGGUCCCCAUCAUGCACAGUUCUUUAGGCACCUACAGAACUAAGGCGCUGCGACCCUUCAAUUGGAAAGAGCUGGGCAGCAAAGGGAAGCUCAAGGCUCCCUGGAACACAGAGAAGAAGCACUUGUUUGUUCUCUUCAUUGGUUUCUGGCAGCUUUUCACAAGUACCACAUGGCACCUCUUUGCUGCUCUCUCCUGCCUCCUCCAUACUUUGGGAAAUGUCUCUUACAGCUUCACCUGCCACGUCCUUUCAAUCUCGAUGAUCCCUACAUCCACCACACGAGCCUGCAAUACAACUGCCUGCAUGACCCCCACCUUCGGGACUACCACAAGCGCAAGGACAUCCUGCGGAUGCUGAAGAGACGGGGCUUCAUCACCAGUGACAACAAGGUGCUUUGCACUCCAAAGGAGUUCAACGAGUACAGGCACUACCUAACCAGGAUCAAGCUGGAGGCAGAGAAUAUCUUGAGGCAGCAAGAGGAAAGCAAAGAGACCUCCCUGAAAUCAGGGAGACUGAGAAGAGGGAAAAUAGCUUUGGACAAGGGCCAAACCUCCAGAGCUGAGCUGGGUCAGGAGGAUGCCAGCACUGCUGCUGACUCCCAGAGGAAGCCAGACAGCACUGCAGCAGAAGCCCAGAAGCUCCAAGAGGUGGUUGAGGCCAUUGUGUACAAAGUGUUUGCAAGGCUGAAGGUUCCUCGACACUUGCGUGCCACCUUUUUAAGGAAUGCUGCCCAGGGGAUCAGAGAAAGCACUUUCAGGAAGUGCAUGAGAACACAGCCUGCAGGGACACCUCUAGACCACCGUCAGGAAAUAGAAAUGACGGCCAAAGAACUUCUAGCGAUGGUGUUGGAGAGCUUGGGGGACCAUCUGGAAUCCAAAGAUUCUGAGCCAGGGAGGGCAGCCCAGUGGAAGGAGAAGCCUGUUGAUGGAGGAGCCAUCCAAGCAGACAAAUCCAAAGAAGCUGACACAGCCUGCUCAGACAAGGCUCGUAUACAGGCUGCCCUUGACAAUCUCACCAUUCAAGUAGUUAAGAAUGUUAACUGCCUCUUGAAAUCCAUGAUAGCUUCUCAGUUUGAAGGAGACUCCACCUGCGAGUGCACUGAAAUCCUGGAGUGUCCCAAGGGUAAGGUCUCCAACAGACAGAUGCAGCCAGGAUUCCCUGGAGCAUCCAAACAGCAAAGCCAAGAAGCGAGCAUGAGACUGAAGUUGUCUCCCUUAGGACCAGAGCUCCAUGCAGAAGAGGCUGGCUAUGCCGAAGCCAUGGAGCCUGAGGAUCCUGAAAUGGUGGAGGAGAGCUUGGUGAGAGAAGGGAGUCCAACAACCUCAGACAACACUUCAGAUACAAGGACCGUGGCAAAAGAAGCUCAGUCUGUAUUAGGGCGGAUUUGUAAGUGUCUGCCUGUACCACCCCCUGAAGAGGAUUUUCAAUGACCUGUCCCAAAUCCAGCCACAUUCCAAGGCGGAGAGGAGAGCUGUGCUGCUGAGAACACUCUCCCCUCCGUGAACCCAAAGUUUUCCCCACAGCCCAUCCCUCCGGAGGGUCUGAAGCCCCCUGCCCAGGCUGAAGCAUGGCCUCGCAGCCUCAAAGCUCAUCUGAGGCGAGCAAGGUGUGUGGCAGGAGAGCUGAAGACCCCCCGGAUGGCAAACCUCACACUCUUGUUCUGUCAAUAAAGAGUUUAUUCCUAAGGCCUUGCUUGUGCUUCCUCCGAACCAAACCAAACUGCAUCUAUGCAUUUUCCCUGCUGUAACCUGUCCCAUCCUCUUCCCUUCUACAGCCUCAGCCACUUUUACAGGGAAUCUGAGCUAGGGAGGUGAGGAGUAGCCAGAAUUUUUGUCUUGUACAGCAAGCUUUUCUGUUGGGCAAGUGGAGGGACAUGUCCCAUGGGAGGCAGCUUGGGUUUCACCUCGUGUGAAGGACAAUGAUGUCUUUGCCUUGUGAUCCUUUUUGUAGGGCCCUUUCUCCUCAGACCGAGCUGCCUCAGAAGCUCUGCAUGAGCACUUGCUGUUGCUGUGCUGGGUGAAUAUCUAAAGAUGGGGUGCCAAGAGUCAGGAGCCAGGCCCUGCUCAGCACUGCCCAGCAAUGGGACAAGAGUGUUAUAGUUAGGUAAUGUGAUGGUUGGCUCUCACACUUAAGGGAUGAAUAUUAUGUGCAUGUUAAGGGAAGUUUUAUUGAUGUAUAGUUAUAUUACUGUGAUUUGGUUUUGGAUGUCCUCUGUUCUCUUCACAGCCCCAUUUUCCCCCUGUAUGGUUGCCAAGGGACAGCCUUUGAGUCACUGGAGAUUUUGUAGAGAAGUGAUUUUGU